GCAUAACAAGGAACCCCAUCCAGCAGCUCCUCCACCACAGAUUGCUACGCCAAAAAGCCACAGAACGGGGGAUUCUAUCUCACUUUCACCGCAGGACCUCCUGCGGAUUCCUUGGCACGUGUGCCAUCGCCAGAAACGGGUGACAGAGAGACAGCAGGGCUAGAAGAGAAACAGAGGAAAAGGCAGAAGGCUAUAAUCGACACCAGUUUACUGUCGUAACCGAAAGGCCACCACCCGUCUUUACUGUUAUUUUUUUUAAAAAAAAUCUGUCCUCUACCUCUCCUAGCACAUCCACCAUCUACGUCUACUCGAGUACAGGUUGCUGCCGUAUUCCUCGCCAUCUUUUCUCCGUUUUCCCCUCGUUUUGCCGCUGCUCAGCCUCUGCCCACAGUUUCGACGGCGACACAUCCGCCUGGAAUCUUGGGAUUUUGCUCCAGGAGUCCGUUUGGUUGCCCUAUCCUGCUUCCCCUACGGGUCUAAAUCUCAUCCGCACUCCGCCCGUUGAAACCAUUCCAAUUAUGGUAUCCGAAACCUUGGAGGGAAUGCCCUCCUUCAUGGGCAUGUCCAUGAAACACCUUUCACUCAUCACCUUGACUUUUCAAAAUUCAGCCCUCAUUCUCAUAAUGCAUUACUCCCGAAUUAUGCCAAAGACGUCUGCAAACCGGUAUUUUACUUCGACGGCGGUAUUUCUCAAUGAAGUGUUGAAGCUGUCGAUAUCCAUAUGGGUUGCUUACCUUGAACGGCGGAAGGUCGAUGGCCCGAAAGUCCCCGUUGCGAAGUCUAUAAAGCACCUAUGCGGUGAUGUGUUUCGGCCGGAUAACUGGAAGUUGGCUAUCCCGGCAUGUCUGUACACUCUGCAGAACAGCCUGCAGUACAUUGCCGUAUCAAAUUUGGAUGCUGCGACAUUCCAAGUUACCUACCAGCUCAAGAUCCUGACCACUGCGCUUUUCAGCGUUUUGAUGCUGCACAGGAAUCUGAAUGCCAAGAAAUGGGCAUCCUUGAUCAUGUUGACUGUUGGUAUCGCAAUUGUCCAAUUGCCUGCAGCAGCAAAGUCUAUUCCGGAUAACCCAGAGAUGAAUCGGGCAAUCGGUUUAAUAGCUGUAGCCGUGGCAUGCACAAUCUCUGGUUUGGCGGGCGUGUACUUUGAAAAGGUUCUCAAAGGGUCAAACACCACCCUCUGGGUCCGCAACGUUCAGCUGUCAUUCUACUCCCUCUUUCCGGCAUUCUUCAUUGGCGUUGUAGCAAAGGACGGUCGAGAAAUUCUAGAAAGAGGCUUCUUCGAUGGAUACAACAACGUCGUCUGGUCUGCCAUCGGAUUCCAAGCGUUCGGUGGAAUAGUGGUAGCGCUGUGCGUAAACUACGCAGAUAACAUUGCAAAGAACUUUGCUACGAGUAUAAGCAUCCUCCUAAGUUUUAUUGCUAGUAUCUAUUGUUUUGACUUUGAAGUUACUAUUGGAUUCAUGAUCGGCGCCAGCAUCGUGCUGUUCGCGACGUGGCUCUACUCCGCUCCGGACGGAUUAAUCCCCAAAUGGAAGCAAGAGUACAUCCCGUUGGAGCAGGCCGAUCCAAAGUCCGAUCACGACGGCAAGGGUCAUGAAGGAGAAGAGAUAGUGGGGAAGAGUUCUAUCGAUGGGCUGAAGAGGUCUGAUUAA